AUCCACAUAUAGCCAAGCAGAAGGUGUGUCCUCGAGCUUUCUUCACCAGAGGAAACUCUUCUCUGCGGAAAAGCAGUAUUGCCGAAGUGAAACCCAACACAUUUCAAAUGAGGAUGACUGGCAGACUGUUCCUCCUCACUCUCUCUAUUCUCUCUGGCCCGCUGAGCUGCUAUGGCCUCAAAAUUUGUGCCUUCAAUGUUAAGAGUUUUGGUGAUUCAAAAUCAGCUGAUGCCAAAAUCAUGACUUCUAUAUCACGGAUUGUAUCUCGCUGUGACAUAUGUUUGCUCCAGGAGGUCAGAGAUCAGAAAAAUAUAGCUGUCCCACGCCUGCUUACUCUACUCAACAAAUUUAAUAAUGAUUAUGACUAUGUGGCAAGUGAACGUCUCGGGAGAACACCAACCUAUCAGGAGCAAUACGUUUUUGUUUAUAGAAAAAGCGAAGUGAAGCUGAGAAACCAGUAUCAGUAUCCAGAUACACAAAAAGGGGAUGUAGAUGCUUUCUCCAGAGAACCCUUUGUGGUACAUUUCCAAGCCCCUAAAACAGUGGCCAAGGAGUUUGUCUUGAUCCCACAGCACACCACUCCUUCAAAUGCCACCAAAGAGAUUGACGAGCUCUAUGAUGUCUUUGUGGACAUUAGAGCACGUUGGAAAAUUGAGAAUGUGAUGUUCCUUGGGGACUUCAAUGCAGCUUGUGGUUAUGUGGCUAAAAAGAACCGUAUGAACAUCAGACUCAUCUCUGACCCGUCUUUCUUCUGGCUGAUUAAGGAUGACGUGGACACUACAGUGAAAGAGUCGACUGACUGUGCAUAUGACCGAAUUGUUGUGCACGGCGAGCCGUUUUACAGAACAAUUGAUUCGUUAUCAGCACAGCCGUUCAAAUUUACCAAGGAAUUCAAACUUACAGAGGCAGAGGCUCUAGAAGUGAGCGAUCACUACCCCAUCGAGGUGGUACUCAAAACUCUGAAGUCAGGGUCCUUCGGACAAAACAGCAAAGCUUUGUGUCUUCUGCCUACAGUGUUUAUCCUGAACAUCCUACUGCUACUGCAGAGGAUCAUAUGAACACAAACGGACCAGAAGUGGACUAUUCAUCUCAUCUAGAUGAAGUGAAGAUUUUACUUCGCUGUUAUACAGCAGUUAUGUACAGUAGUUCAUACAGAUCCACAGCCGCAUCUAUAUAAUGCAUUGGGAAUAGUGGAUGUGAAUGAGCAUUGUUUAAUAGCUUCUAUAAAAUUGAUAAUUUAAGGACUUUACUUUUUCAUUUAUUAAUACAAGUAAAACGGGUUUCUGUAGAUUGCUUUUAGAGGAAAUAUUUUAUCUUUAAUAAACUGAAAUUUUCACUGUGGAAACGUUCAUGAAAUAUUUUAUUCACACACAUAAAUGAGGGACAAAGAAAAUAUACUUCCAACUAUAGUGAAAAUGAUCCACUUAUGUGGUUGGUUUUCAUUGCUGAAAUAUCAAAAUACAUUAAUACUAGAUAUAAAACAAUUUAAUUACUCCAGAGUAUACUCUAAAAUGUGUAGAAUUAGCAAAGUCAUGCUUGAAGCCAUGUGAAAAAAAAA